GUUGGAUUGUUUUCUCAAAGUUCUCCGAAGGGAAGGAGUUCGUGGUUUAUACAAAGGCUGGGCAGUUAAUGUGACAUUAAUUACACCAGAGAAAGCUAUUAAAUUAGUAGGAAAUGACUUUUUUAGAUAUUUAUUGAAGACAGACGGUAAAAGUCUGCCACUGUACCGUGAAAUAUUGGCAGGUGGCGGCGCGGGGUUGAGUCAAGUCGUUAUCACAACGCCUAUGGAAAUGUUAAAAAUACAACUACAAGAUGCAGGCAGACAAGCUCAAAAAAAAGUACAAAGUUCCGCCGGAACUGCCUCGGCCGAAUCAGCAAUAAACGUUGGGCAGACCCGAGGAUACUCUGCAGCACAUGCAGCCGUACAAGAAACUCCCAAAUCGGGGAUGGAUAUCUGUCGAGAACUGUUUCGUAGUAAAGGAAUUUUAGGACUUUAUCGCGGUUAUGGUGCUACAUUGUUGCGAGACAUUCCAUUCUCUAUGAUUUACUUUCCAACAUUUGCACAUCUCAAUGCCUUGGGUAAAAGUGAAGAUGGUGGUAGAGCUAGUUUUAUGCAUUCUUUCGCCAGUGGUUGUACUGCAGGGACAAUGGCGUCACUUUUGGUUAAUCCAAUGGAUGUUGUGAAAACCAGACUACAGCUGUUGAAACAAGCCCAAGGAGACACAACAUACACUGGGAUCAGAGAUUGUGCAGUCAAAGUUUACAAACAAGAAGGAUGGACAGCUUUUUUUAAAGGUGCUGGAUGUCGUAUUAUGGCUAUAGCGCCACUGUUCGGUAUCGCGCAAGCUGUGUAUUAUGUCGGCGUUGGAGAGUACAUACUGGGGAUGGAUACUACUAAUAGAUACAAUUAAUUUGUAUAUCUAUUUAUCAUAUCGUAUUUUAAGCUAAUUAUUAAAUAAAUUUAGAUUACAUACAGUGAACUUCAUAAAGGCGUGAACUUGUUUAAUAUGCAAUAUUUAUAAAUUGAAACAUUUGAACAAUCGUAGCGCAUUUUAUGAUGCAUAGCAGUGAAUUAUCCAAUGAGUGAAUGAAAUCUGCAAAGACUUAUGGGUAAUAGCAUUAUCAAAUGGCAUCCAUAGCUACUGGGAACAUCUUCUUUGGAUUAAAAUGUUUUAAAAAUAUUUUAUGAAUAUCCAUAAUUGCUGUCCACGCCUUUAUGAAAUUCACUGUAUUAUAGUGCAGUGAUUUUAGCUUUAGUUUUUGAGAUUACUAAAUUUGUGCUCACUCAAUAAUACAAUGUCCAUUCAAUCAUGUCAAACUAAUAUAUAUUUGUGUUUGAUUAUUUCAUUUCUUUUUUUUAUAUUAUUUUUUGACUUCAUGAGAUUCAAUUGUGUGAUGUUAUAAAAACUUAUUACAACUGUACAUAGUUGAACAAUUAUGUCAUUUUUUCCUUCACAAGUAUACAUUU